CACAGAGACCCUGCUAGCUAGAUGUUGACCAGUGGCAACUGUUCACCCAAGCCAGUAUGGACGAAGGAACCCUGGAGUCUGCCAUCGCGGCCUACGGCACCCAGUUGCAGCAGGUGGAGAUUGCCCUGUUGGCCGGCCUGGACCCGUCGCAGCAGGCCGACCUGCUCAAACUGAAAGUGGACCUCAGUCAGCUGAUAGAGCUCACAGAAGCCAGCCUGGUGUCAGUCAAGAAGAGCCGGCAACUGGCCACCCUCAAAGAGGCCGACGGGCUCCAGUCGCUAGCCACAGGCACACCAGCCAACGACGGCUUGGACAAUGAGUUUGCUGCCUUCUACUCAGAAGUAGGGGAGGUUUCCGGAAGCAGCUCAGACACGAGAGAGAGGGAGAAUGAGAGGGAAGAUGAGGGAGAGGUAGAAGCGCUAAGUGGCACCAAAGUGCGGGCACCCUACUGCACCUCUUGGGGGACAUUGGAGUACCACAAUGCAAUGAUCGUGGGGACAGAGAGUUGUAAAGGGGAUGAGGCCCAGGUGAGGGUGCUGUACGUCCACCCCACACAGAAGUCCAUGAAGCCCUGCCCAUUCUUCCUGGAGGACAAUUGUCGCUUUGCAGACAACUGCAGGUAGUGUCUAUGAUCACAACCAUCUUUUUUGGAAGGUUGUGAGGAAAGCAGAACACACGUGGGUUAUUCCUCAUGAAAAAAAACGAGAAACAAACAUGAUUUUCAGGAAAUCUAAUCCAGAGAAUGGUCCUUUUGGAGGAAGGAUUGGUGACAUAUUUGUAUCUAAAAGCAUUUUUGAGAACUAAUUAAUCAAAGUUGUCAUAUUUAUGACAUUUUGGCCUUACCCAUGCCUCCUUUUAGACUCCAUAUUAUAAAGGACCAUUCUUUUUUAUUCUAUCUAAUGUCAAUCUAAAAAUGACUCAUAUUUUUCCUCAACACUCACUUUGUUUUCUCUUCAUUUUAAUUACCAUAAAACAUUUUAGGUGUUAGGAGCUUUCAUUCAGUCUUUUGUGUAUUCUUUUCAGUUCAAUUGGAAGCGCUUUGGGUUACUCUCCCCAAUGGUAUUUUGCCUUGAACUGACUAUAAACUGUCCCAGUCAGAACCCUGGUCUGACCCCUGUCGUGUUGUAGGUUCUCCCAUGGUGAGGUGGUGUACGUGUCAGAGCUCAGAGCGUUCCUGGAGUUGGACUUCAGUAACCUUCAAGAGGGCUCCUCCUGCAUGGCCAGGCAAGACGAUGGCAUCUGGUACCCGGCCAAAAUAACAGGUGGGUCACUGACUUUCCAUCAUAGCAUACCAUAACAGCAUAACAAGCAUUGCUUUUCUCAAACCCAUUCAAUCUCACCCAAUUUACCCACCACUAGAAAUGUAGCCUAUUGAGUCACGAAUUUGUUGGAUCAUAUUGGGUGUCAUCUCAAUGUUUUGAAGUAGACGAGAUCAACAGGUUACCGCUGAUAGCUCAGUGGACUGUGUUCCUCUUACCAGCAAGUGAUUAAAAUGGUCUCCUCUGUCUGUGUAGAUAUCGACAGUGGCUUCUACACGGUGAAGUUCGACUCAGCCCUGUUGGAGGCCGAUGGGGUCAUCCCACCGCUGAGAGAAGACUAUCUGCCCUCUGACUCAGAGGACGAUGACAUCGGAGAGGGUGAGGCAGCGUUCGCCAGAGGUAUGUACCUCUAAUUAAACAGUGUGUAGACCCAGCUUUAUUUCUGAGGGUUUCAAUGUAAUGUUAUGCAUCCACCUUUGUUGAUAAAGACAGAAUGUUUUAUGUAGGGAUAGAGGAUGUUAUUGAUUGAUUCAUGACCUGAGUUCGUAUAGAGCUGAGAUGGUGGGAAGUAAAUGACAAAUGUUUUUCCUCUUGCGCUAACCACAACAAUUAAGGGAUAACAUGAAACUUACACAUUAGCUUGGCUGAUUGUUUCUUAGUACACGUGCCCCGGCUGCAUGUAGCUAAAGUAUUUAUUUUGUCUUUUCCUUGACCUGUCAGUUUUGACCCAAGUGGAGGAUUGGGCACCGUCAAGUAGUUAUUCUGCCUUCGGUGGCUGGGAGGCACACACACGAGGCAUAGGCUCCAAGCUCUUGCUCAAAAUGGGAUAUGAAUAUGGGAAAGGUAAGCACAAGUGAUUAUUAUUCAACAAACAUGGAGACAAUGCAGAUAGUUGCAUGCAAUAAUAUACUGUUAUACAAUGUAAUGAAAAAUGUAAGUUAAACUACUCUCGAAUCAAUGGUAACACAAAGCAUAUUGCCUUGUUCCAAGGUUGGGGUCAAUUCCAUUUAAAUUCCAUUCAAUUAAGACAGGAAACCAAAUUCCAACUCCACAUUUUCCCCAUUGAAAAGCAUUGAAGAGAAUUGGAAUUUCAGAGUACUUCCUGAAUUGUCUGUAAUUAAAAUGGAAUUGACCCCAACCCUGGUAAGUUCACAUUCACGCAUUCGUUAAGGCCAUGUCCCAUAUGACUCAUACACUGAGUAUAAAGCAAUUUUACUGUGGUAAUGUCAAGUUAUGACACCCUGAAGUCCACUGUAACACAUUGCACAAAUGGCCAUUGUAGGCUUUCAGUUUAACCGUUUUUCAAGAUACAGGCCACAAUUUGCUGUUCUCAGCAAGCUCAUAGAUGCGUCUGUGCCCAACAGGUCUGGGGAAAACAUCUGAAGGUCAGGUGGAGCCAGUGCUGGCGGUGGUUCUGCCCAAAGGUAAAUCCCUGGACCAGUGUGCCGAGCUCACCAGGAGGAAGACCCAGAGCAAAGUGGCCAAAAACAAAGAUGGGCAGCAGUCGAGCCACAAGAAGAGAACCAGAAAGGCCCGGGCAUGCAACCCUGGGGGGCGGCACAACGUCUUUGACUUUCUGAACCGCAAGCUGGGGAGCGGGGAUGUCAACCCUAAGGCAGGGGGUACUGGUGCCCCCCCCCCCCCCCCACAUCCUCCAUUGUCUUGAGGGGCCGGAGUGGAGGCUUACAAGGGGGGGAAGAGCACCAAGAGGAGCCUGAACGUGAAGCUGUUCCAGGCGAUGGAGAGGGUGGCCCAAACUGAGAGGGAGAUCCAGAGGCUCACUGAGUCCCUGAGCCGACGGACUGGGAGGUAAGGAAGGAAGAUACUGUGGAACUUGCCUCACUCACAUCAUGCCUUAAGAUGGACGCCCAACAGCCAUACAGAAGCACUUUACCAGCCAUCAGAUUUGAAUGACGGUAUUGUUUCUAAACAAUUUAGCCUACGCUCAUGUCGAUGCUAGAUGGAUCUUUGCUGGCUAAAGAUGGGUUUAGAAUUUGCAGCAUGUCACAUACAUUGCCUUCAGAAAGUAUUCAUACCCCUUCACUUAUUCCACAUUUUGUUGUUACAGCCUGAAUUCAAAAUGAAUUAAAUAUUUAUAUUUUUCUCACCCAUCUAGACACAAUACCCCAUAAUGGCAAAGUGAAAACAGAAAUGUCUAAUUUACAUAAGUAUUCACACCCAUGAGUCAAUACUUUGUAGAAGCACCUUUUGCAGCGAUUACAGCUGUGAGUCUCUUUCGGGUAAAUUUGUACAUUUACAUUUUAGUCAUUUAGCAGAUGCUCUUAUCCAGAGUGACUUACAGUUAGUGAGUGCAUACAUUUUCAUACUGGCCCCCCGUGGGAAUCAAACCCACAAUCCUGGCAUUGCAAGCGCCAUGCUCUACCAACUGAGCUACAGGAGGUAAAUCUAUUUUGGGUAAGUCUCUAAGCGCUCUCCACACCUGGAUUAUCCCACAUUUGCCCAUUAUUGUUUUCAAAAUUCUUCAAGCUCUGUCAAGGUUGUUGAUCAUUGCUAGACAACCAUUUUCAGGUGUUGCCAUAGAUUUUCAAGUAGAUUUAAGUCAAAACUGUAACUCGGCCACUCAGGAACAUUCACUGUCUUCUUGGUAAGCAACUCCAGUGUAGAUUUGGCUUUAUGUUUUAGGCUAUUGUCUUGCUGAAAGGGGAAUUCACCCCCCAGUGUCUGGUAGAAAGCAGACUAAUAGCAGGUUUUCCUCUAGCGCCAUUCCGUUUCCUUUUUAUGCUGAAAAACGACCUAGUCCUUAACAAUUACAAGCAUACCCAUAACAUGAUGCAGCCACCACUAAGGAGAGUGGUACUCAGUAAUGUAUUGGAUUUUCCCCAAACAUAACACUUUGUAUUCAGGACAAAACGUGAGUUGCUUUGCCACAUUUUCUGCAGUAUUUCUUUAUUGCCUUGUUGCUAACAUGAUGCAUGUGUUGGAAUAUGUUUAUUGUGUACAGGCUUCAUUUUCCCUCUGUCAAUUAGGUUAAUAUUGUGGAGUAACUACGAUUUUGUUGAUCCAUCCUCAGUUUUCUCCUAUCACAGCCAUUUAAAAAACUGUUUUAAAGUCACCAUUGGCCUCAUGGUGAAAUCCCUGAGCGGUUUCCUUCCUCUCCGGCAACUGAGUUACGAAGAACACCUGCAUCUUUGUAGUGACUGGGUGUAUUGAUACACCAUCCAAAGUGUAAUAUAAUAACUUGAACAAUUAUAUUAAACACUAUUAUUGCACACAGAGUCCAUGCAACUUAUUAUGUGACUUGUUAAGCAAAUGUUUACUCCUGAACUUAUUUAGGCUUGCCAUAACACAGGGGUUGAAUAGUUAUUGACUCAAGACAUUUCAUCUUUUCAUUUUUAAUUAAUUUGUAAAAAUGUCUAAAAACAUAAUUCCACUUCGACAUUGAGGUAUUGUGUGACACAAAAUCUACAUUUAAUCCAUUUUAAAUUCAGGCUGUAACACAACAAGAUGUGGGAAAAAGUCAAGGGGUGUGAAUACUUUCUGAAGACACUGUACAGCAGGUCCCCAUUAUCCCAAUGCAGGUCCUCCCUCUCUUAGACCUCUAUAGGAUCUCCUCCAGUUGUCUUCCUCUGUAGCCACUCUGCUUCUGUAGAUGUACUUCUAUAGUGUAAGUCUCUCUAAAGCAACUCCUUACCAUGUCUUAGUAGUUCCUAAUUAAACCACUUUGUGUCUCCUUUGUGUCUCCCCUCAGAGAUCCAGCCAUGGUGACACACCUGGAGGAGAAGCUGUCUGCAGCCCGCAGCCUGCUAGUCCAGCAGAAGGCCCAGCAGCUCUCAGACCAGAGGGAUAACAGGAAGGCCGAUACUCACAAGAAAAUGACAGAGUUUUGACCACACGGACCUCCCAUGGUCAGAACGCACAAAAUGUUUUAGUCACCUGUUAAAGGGAUACUUUGGGAUUUCGCAAUUGCUAACUACAUUUUAGUCAACCUCUUAUCCAGAGUGACUUACACUUAGUGAGUGCAUACAUUUUUUUUUUU